AGCUAUCACAUCAAUUCGUUGAUAACAAGUACUUUGCAUACAGUACGUGACUUGCACUGAGACCGGCUUCUGAUUUCUUCCACAGCAACACCGCGGUCAGAAUGUCGCUGCAUCUGGAAGAUGAAAUUAACAAGCAGUAUGGCGACAAGCAACGCGUUAGUAUGCUGGACGCCAAGAAGAACCCGCUGCUCAUCUCGAUUCUGGAUGCGGUGGACACGCUGAAGAACAUGGAGGCGCAGAACAAGCUGCCCGUGGAUGCCAUCAAGAACUGCAGGGGCCUGCUGACUAUGCUCACCAACAAGGUCGGCUUUGGCGUGUCAGUCACUCAAGGAUACGGGCUGGUCAUUGCCCGCCUUCCAAACAGCCCCUCCGGAUGGUCGGCGCCGCUGCCCAUCAAGGUUGACGGCUUCAGCGUGGGUGCAGUCAUGGGCUACACCGAGCAGCACACGCUCAUUAGCCUGGCCACUGACAACGACAUCCAGGCGUUUCUGAAGGAUAAACGUGCCAUGAAGAUUGGUCUGGACUUCGGCGUGAGCAUGGGCGACAAGGUGGACAAGAACGCGGCGGUGAACACGCAGACCGCGCAGACGGACGCGGCCAGCGGCGCCAAGACCCGCAUCUACACGCUCUCAAAGGGUAUGAUGGUGGACGUAUCGAUGCAGGGCACGUCCGUCGAGCCGGACGUGGAGGACAUCGCCAACUGCUACGGCCAGCACGUGAGCCCCGGCGACAUCCUCACCGGCAAGGUGUCGGCGCCGCGGGAGGCCACGCUCCUCUACAACCAGCUCAAGGCCUGGCUUUAGAGCGUGUGAGGGUGUGGGGUGGUAGUUGUCGCCAUUCCAGGAUGGUUCGAGGAGAGCAUGUGUGGCUUGUGUAAUUUGGGUUGGAAAUUUUUGUGGAUGGUGGGUGGUGGAUGGGCGGCUUCGUGACGGACUGAGAGCGGAUGUGCGUUAGUGUGCGCAUGGGGCGCGCGAUCGGCCAGGAGCCAGAAUCAGACGGCGGCGGAAGCGCGUAGAUGUGCGCGUGUAUGGCGUAGAUGUUGCAAGGGCGGUGUGCAAGCUGCAUGAGGCCCCCUGCGUAGUGGGCGGGCACCAUGAGUACUGCGUUAGAGUUCCGCUCUGGUCUACAUACGCAUUAGUUUCGCAACACUCGUCAAUAGCGUGCCUGGGUGAGCCGUGGGGGGCUCGGGAUCACUGAGCAUGGGCGCAGUGCGGGGCCGUAUGCGCGCGGAGGGAUUCAGACCGCGCGUGCAGGACUGCGGCGGUGAGAUAGAAUGGAAUGCAAACUUUGUGACCAAUCUUAGACGGCGCGGUAAGCUACGAGGAGGCUUGGCACGCUGAGGCAGCUGGCACAGUCCGGGCGCCCGCCACAGCCCUGGCAAAACUCACUUGUUUGAACCGUCGGGCCGUCACGGCCAUGAAAAUUAAUUAACAACAACAGGUUA